AUGUUCGUUUUCUUAGUUAUUUUUUUCGCCAUCUUAUGGCUAAUAUAUAUAAAAUUGAAAUGUUUUACACUUCGUGGUCCAGUGCCUGGUCAACCACCACAUUUCUUUUUUGGAAAUUUAAUUCAAUCAGGCUUAUUAUUUGGUUCUAAACCAAUUUCUGACGUUUAUAUAUCUUACAAAGAACGUUUUGGUGAUAUUUAUUUAUUUUGGGUGGGUUUUACACGAUAUACUAUCGUACAUAAUAUUGAUGAUGUUCAAUAUAUUUUUAAUAAUCGAAAUAAAUAUGAUCAAGGAAGUAUAUUUUUAGAAAAGGUCAGUAUAUUGGUUCCUGACAGUAUUAUUUGUAACAUAGGCGCUAAAUUCAAACGACAUGGUGCAAUCACUAUGCCAUUAUUUCGUCGUAAUAAAAUUCUUUCGAAUAUUAAUAUAAUCAUUGAUGGUACGGACCAACUAUUAGAUCGAUGGCGCACUCAGUCAUCUGAACAUGUGCAUACUGAUAUUGUUGAACAAUGUCAAAAUCUUCUACUUGAAGUCUUUGGAAUGAUUGCUUUUGAUUACGAUUUGGAAACAAUUAAUGAGAAUCUUUCAGAAAAUAAGAAUGAACUGACUGAAGCUCUAAAAUAUAUUGUGGACGUAUUUCGAAUGAUUACCUACGCACCUAGUAUCAUUUCAACUACUUAUUUAAAAUACAAUCCUCGAUAUCAACGAGCACGCACCACCAUCGAACGGUAUUUGAAUAAUAUGGUAGAACAAGAAUUGACUGAAAGCUUAGAUUCGAGAACAGAACGGAAGAAAAUUUCAUUGAUCGCUUCAUUGGUUAGUUCAUUACAAACAGAUGAAAAAGCAGAAGCAGUAAAAAAAGAAGAAGACAAAAAAGGUAUUUCCCGAAAAGAACUUUUUGAUGAGAUGCUUAUGUUUUUAAUUGCUGGUUAUGAAACAACAUCGACUGCUCUUGCUUGGUGUAUUUAUCAACUAAGUAAACAUCCUCGUAUUCAAGAAAAGAUCAAGAAAGAAUUGAUAGAUGAUAAUACUGGACAAUAUUUAUCAUUUGAUCAUCUUGAUUCAUUUGUUUAUUUGGAUUGUUUUAUUAAUGAAGUUCUUCGUUAUUCUCCAACAACCGAUGGAACAAGUCGUACAGUAGUUGUCGAUGAUUGCCUUCCGUCAAGUGGUACUCGACUUUACAAAGGCGAUCAAGUACUUAUUCCAUCAUCUGCUCUUGCUCGAGACGAUCGCCAUUGGAAAAUUGAUCCUAAUUUGUUUUAUCCGGAAAGAUUUCUUAAUGAAGAUAAACAUCGUCAUCCAUGUGCAUUUUUACCAUUCGGGAAUGGUCAUCGUCAAUGUAUUGGACAAGAUUUAGCUCGAUUAGAACUCAGAAUAAUUCUAGCUCGCAUGUUACAACAAGUGACAAUCGGUGAUGGUGGCCCUGAGUUUAAUACGGGUGGUUGCAUUCAAAGACUGACUAUCGUGCCGAAACACGUCGGAGUCACUAUUCAAUUUAGUUAA